AAAAACAAGAAAAAGAAACGGACCCUUUGCAUGACAGAAAAAGAAACACUGGGGUUUUCUUCAUUUCCUUUCCCUCUGCACCCAAAGCCUCACCUUCAUUGAUUUUGUGUUCAACCUCUUUAUCUACAGCUGAGAAUUUGCAAUUGGUUCUCAUUGCAUUGUCUUGAACUACCGGUGACUUUGGGCAUCUAUGGCUGGAAUUGAGCAACACGAGGCAAGUGAUUGUGCUUCAUCUCUGAUAGAUCAGCUUUAUAAGGCGGUUCAUGAACUUGAAGCUUUCAAGGAUGAUUCAGAGAACAAGGUUCAUUGGACAGAAAUCGAACCAUAUUUCCACUAUCUCCAGGCGAAGUUAAAGAAGAAAUCGGAGGAGCUAGAAACUAAGGAGAAGGAAUACGAGGUGAAGGAAGCUGAAUCUCUUGCAUUGAUUGUUGAGAAGGAGGCAAUUGUUGCUGCUAAGGAACAAGAUUACUUAGACCGUGUCCAGGAGCUGAAAGAUGCUGCUGUUGCUAUCAUUGCUGAGGCACGUGCAAAUUUCCAGUCAACGAUUGCAUAUUCUCUUGAUGCUGGGGAAAACGAAGACACCAAGGUAAGCAGUUCUGUUGGUGAUAAAAACUCCCCUGAUGAGGACUUUCCUUGUAAAACAAGUGAAAAUACUGAAAACAUGGCUGCCAUUGUUAAGCCAUGUCCAGAGCUGACAAACUUUAGUGAGCAAAUGAAUGCAAAAGGACUUCGGAAUUUCAUAACAGCGAAUCUGAAAUUUCUUAAUGACAUUUGUCGGGAACAUCCCCUUGCACUUGAAAGUGCAAGCGAACCAGCCCGUUUGGUGCUGAAUUCACUGGAGGGGUUUUACCCUCCGGAUGAAACAACUCAAACGGUGGAUAAGACGGAUGCCUCCCUUCAGGGCAUGCGCAAGUCCUGUGUCGUCUUAUUAGAAGCCAUGGCUAGCUUUUUGGCCAAAUUUGACCCCGACAAUACUCACCUUUUGAACCCUGAAAUCAAGCUGCUAGCCAAGGCAAUUGCUGAUGAGUGGAAACCUAAGUUGUCUAAUGCAGGCAGUGGGGCUGCCAUUGACAAUUCAUUGGAAGUUGAAGCAUUUUUGCAGCUCCUUGCUGCUUUUAAGAUCGCUUCGGAGUUUGAGAAAGAACAACUCUGCAAGCUUGUUUUUGUAGUUGCUCACAGCCGGCAGGCACCUGAGCUUUGCUGUUCCCUUGGAUUAACACCGAAAAUGCCAGGUCUUGUUGAGUUAUUGAUUAACAGCGGGAGACAAGUCGAUGCAGUACGAUUUAUUCAUGCAUUCCAGCUUACCGAAAGGUUUCCUCCUGUGCCCCUCCUGAAGAUGUUCUUGAAAGAUUUGCGGAGAAACUCACAAGGGAAGGGCGGGGGCUCUCGUGGUGCUGAUGGUUCACAGGAUGACAUAAAUGCACGAGAACUUGCUGCCUUGAAAGCCGUAGUAAGAUGUGUUCAGGACUAUGGUCUAGAAUCAGAUUACUCCCUUGAUCCACUCCAGAAAAGGUUGGCUCAACUCGAGAAAGCAAAAGCAGACUCUAAGAAAAGAGGGGGAGAUUCCAGUAAAUAUCACCCACGGAAGAAAUCAAGACCCAACAGUGGAUUUCGAGGAUUUCGGGGACCUCCAGGUAGGCUAGCUCCACCGGUUUACAGCCAAAGAACUGCCUUUACAGGGAUGCCAGAAAGGUAUACUCAUGCCGGUCCAAACCCCUGCAGUUAUCAAGUCCCGAACCAACCGUCCUACACCCCUCAAGCCAAUGAUCAAAGAUUAUACUACUAUACUCAAGAUGACAAAAUUCGGACGCCGUCAUACAAUGCAGCUACAUCUAACUAUGGAAGCUACAGUGGCGGCGGAUUGCAACCAUCACAGCAGCCAUUUAUGUAGUUUUUUUGUUGUUGUUAAUAUUAAAGUUCACCAUAGAUGCAUGAUCAGUUCAUCAAAGAUUUUUUCCCCC